AUGAAUAUGAUAUGGGUAGUCCUGGGGACAAUCGACUUUAGUCUGCUUGAACUCAAACCAAAUCACGAGAAAAAACCACUCUGGGUCUGUCCCAAUUUUCAUAUAUUCUUAGAUACGUCAUCUCGUUACUAUGAGCAGGCGACUGAUUUCCUCACAGCCAUUGCAGAGCCGCUCUCCCGACCCCAAUUCAUCCACGAAUAUAUCAUUACCGACUCCUCGCUCUAUGGUGCUGUCUCGAUUGGUCUGGAAACGGAGGCAAUCAUAAGGAAGUUGGAGAGUUUGUCCAAAGUCCGCCUCACGACCGACAUGAUCAACCACAUUCGUCGAAAGACGGAAACAUUCGGCAAAGUGAAGUUGGUACUUCGAAACAACCGAUACAGAAUAUCCUACACACACACACACACACACAAACACACAAACAAAUCGCCUCGCCACCGCCUCAACGCUAGGAAUGGGACAUGGAGGUCGAAAACGAAGAGAACUUCGACGAACUGCAGGAGAACCAGAACGUUGUCGUUCGUGUUCCUGAUCGGGUUUUGCCUAGAAAAUCGACCCGGAACUGGAGGAAAACGUCUCCGACCAGCCCGUCGAGGAAGACGAAGAGCGCGAGAAAGUGCUCAAGCGCAUUUCCUUCCCGAUCAAAAACGGCAAAGUAGGUCCACUGGAUUGAAUGGAUCGAACGCAGGCCACCGAAGUGAAGCAGGUUUCCCGCGCUCACCACUAUCCCAUGAUCGAAGAAUACGAUUUCCGAAACGACUUUGUAGGUUUCGUCCGCUAACAGCGCAUAACAUCCAGCGAAAUCGAACCAUUCGAAUUCGAUUGGCACCAUCCACGCAUAUUCGUCCCUACCAAGAGCGAUGCCUCAACAAAAUGUUCGGAAAUGGGCGUGCGCGUUCCGGUCUCAUCGUCCUCCCUUGCGGUGCCGGAAAAACGAUCGUCGGAAUCACAGCGGCAGUGACGAUCAAGAAGAGCUGCAUCGUGGUGUGCAACUCGACGCUCUCAGCGCUGCAGUGGCGCGACUCGUUUUUGUCUUUCUGCGAUGUGAAGGGCGACUGCAUCCGCAUUCUGGUCAAAGACAAACGCGAUCCGCUGCCCAACCCGUGCAUUCUGCUGACCACGUAUUAUCAAUUAAUCAAACGGCGAAAAAUCAACAAGGAGCGCGAGGCGAUUCUGAACGAGAUCGCGAGUCGCGAGUGGGGCUUGUUGGUCCUCGACGAGGUGCACGUGUGUCCCGCAGAUUCGUUCCAGGAAGUCGUUUCGACGGUCAAAGCGCACUGCAAGCUGGGAUUGACCGCGACGCUGGUCCGCGAAGACGGCAAGAUCAAAGACCUGGACUUUCUGAUCGGUCCCAAGCUGUACGAAGCCAACUGGAUGGACCUGACGAACAAAGGCUAUCUGUCCCCGGUGCGCUGCCUGGAGGUCUGGUGCGACAUGAACCCGCUGUUCUACAACGAGUUUCUCCGACGCAGCAAGGAGUACAACAAGCAGAAGCUCCUCGCCGUGGUCAAUCCGGAGAAGCUCAAAGCGCUCGCGUAUCUCCUCUACAUCCACGUCCAGCGCGGGUUUUCUUCGCCUCUUCUCUUUUCCUCUAGCGAUAAAAUCCUCGUCUUCUGCGACUCCAUCUUCCCGCUCCACAAGUUCGGAGAGCUCUUCGGCUACCGCUACCUCGACGGCAGCUGCGGCGAACCGUAUCGCAAGCGCGUGCUGAACGACUUCCGGAACAGUUCCGCGGGGAGCGUCGUGUUCUUGUCGAAAAUCGGCGAUACGUCGAUCGAUCUGCCCGAAGCGACGGUGCUGAUCCAGGUCGAGGGGCAGGAAGGAUCGCGUCGACAGGAGGCACAGCGGUUGGGACGUAUUCUGCGACCGAAGAUGGGUCUGUCGAUGGGGAACCAGGCGUUCUUCUACACGCUGGUGAGUCGAGACACGAAGGAAGUGGGGAAUGCGCUGAAUCGGCAGCGAUACUUGAUGGCGCAGGGAUACACAUAUAAGGUGCUGGUGAACAUCACGAAGGGGCUGACGCGCGAAAUGAUUCAGCGAAUUCCCAAGAUGCAGCAGAUUUGCUCGGGGGAUUUCGCGAAGAAUUUGCUGCAGGAGUCGCUCGAGGCGAAGGCGGAGGAGAUGCAGAGGCAUGAGCGAUCGAAGAUGCUGGAGGAGGUCAACUCGAAGGUGCAGCGGAGACGCGGGAUGACGAAGAUUGGCAGGAAAAUCAAGGGGGCUGUAGGAUUGAGGUGUGGAUGUGAGGGAUAG